UGUUUCAGAAACAUACACAGGCACUGAAUUCUCCUAUGGGAAUUCCCAUUAUCCAGGCCUACAAUAGACUUUCCAAAGUCCUAGUGGAAUACGAAGUUGUGCUUUAUCGUGGAUGGCUUACACAGGUUGCAGGUUGCAAGCAAGCCCUUCUGUCAACUCUGCUGGUGCGACAGCUAGAAUCAAAAAAAUGUAAGGUCAACAUUGACCCACAGAUUUUCUCUAUACUUCAGGAGACAAAGUAUAUGACUCACAUGGGCUUAGAGAUUCCUCCUAUUGCCAGAACUUUGUACCUACACAAAGGAAAAUUUAAGUCUGUCACUGAAAAAUUACAGAAAAUGCUGUCAAACAAUGAAGUGGUCUGUAGUAAUAUUCUGCCAACAUUCAUGCCACUUCUGAAGGAGGAGAUACGAAAAGUGGAAAAGUGCCUGGAAAAAGGAUUGACCAUAAUUUGCUGGAGCUCAACUCAAGUUGACAAUUUCAUUUCUGGAGUGACACGUGCAUGCACUGAUCUUGAAGUGUUUGUAAACCACAUUAAUGAUGAAAAUGAGCACAGGAUUGAGAGGGUAUUGCAAGAGAUGACUAUGUUGAAUCUGUGCUAUAUUCCAAGCCUUGAUCCCUGCACGGUUGAUGAAUUCUUAAGCAAGACAGAGGAGCUCUGUCACAAAGGAGGAACAGCUCUUAACGCAAAGAGCAGAAUGGUGGAGGACUCGGUGCAUGAACUCUUGAACAUGCUGUUAGAAAAGAUGAAGUCAUCACUGGUUGGAGGCAGUGGACAGCCCUUUGAAGAAAAAUGUAGUCCAGGUAAAAGCCAUGAAUAUAGCCGAAAGGUGGAAGAUUUUAAUCAAGUGGCCUUUGAAUUUCUCAACUUAAUCUGCGCCAAAAACAUGGAUGCCGUACAGCGAUGUAUUAAGAAUAACUUGGAAAACAUUCGAAAAAGACUCGCUGAGUCUACUGUUUUGCAGUCUGAUCCUUCAACAUACAAGGCAAAGAGCCAGCCAUUAUUUCAGACAGACAUUGUUCUGGCCGUUCCAGAGGUUAUUAUGCACCCUUCCCUGGAAGAGGUUCAAGCCUUCUUAAAUAAGGCAGUUCAGAGCAUCUGCUGCACAUCCAAAAGAGUUGCUAUGUGGGAAAGUGGAGAUAAAAUACCUGAAUGUGAGGGAUCAGCAAGAGUUUUUGCUCAUCAUUUGUCUUCUCAAACCACUGGAGAAAUAAUAGGUCAAGAGGAAAAAAGAGAAACCCACAAUUCAACUGUGUUAAGACAAAGAAAAUUCAAGGUUUCCACAUUAUCCAUUCCUGCAGAAAGUAUUGGCCAUAGCUUUUUUAAUAGCAUAGCAAACAAUAAUGAGAUUGCAACGCUUGUAUAUUUUAUCGCCAACAGCAUUCUGUUUUACAGGAGGGAAGUUUCUGAAACAUUACAUCAGUUCAACAGAUUUUCCUUCAUCUGGGAGAAAAAUAAAGAAGCAGAGCUACAAGAAUUCAUGAAAGAAGAUCGCAUGCUGGUGGAUUUUAGAACUGUCAUUGAGGAAUAUGAAAAACUGGAAGAUACAAUAAUGAGUCUGCCAGAGUACUAUUAUGUUGGCCCCAUCUGUCUGUGCUCUGAAAAACUGAAGGCUGGUUUACUUGCUAAAACCAAGGCUUGGCGUAUUGCAUAUGGUAAUGCUGCUGCUUCCAAGUUUGGGAAAAUCAUGAGAGAAAUAUCAGAAUUCAUAGAUAGAAUUUACAAUCAGCUAUGUAGAACUGUGAAAGACCUGGAUGAUGUUCAUGUGGCCAUAGCUGCACUCAAAGAACUUCGUGAGAAAGAAAUAUUUGUUGACUUCAACAUUGAACCUAUUGAGGAGACUUUUGCCAUGCUGAGUAAACAUGAGCUGCCUGUAGCACUAGCGGAUACUGAGCUUUGUUAUGCCUUGCCUUACAUGUGGGCCAGAGUGAGGGAGCAAUCUGACAAAGUUCAAGAGUACCUGUUAUCUGUCCAAGAAACUUUCAAGAAAACACUGAUAGAUAAUGCGAGGCAUUUUGCUGAGGCAUGUAAUGACUUCUACAGCAACUAUGACAAGGUGGGGCCCAUGGUGCCAGGAGUUCCACCUCAAGAAGCUUCAUCACAAUUGAUUUUUUUUCAACAUGCCUUUGAACAAUUGUACCGUCAAUAUGUGACCUACUCUGAAGGAGAGGAGCUGUUUGGUCUUAGAGUCAACCAAUACCCUCGUCUGAUGCUGAUCAAGAAAGAACUUGCUCUCCUGCAGAAACUAUAUGUUCUAUAUAACAAUGUUAACAAUGCUGUGGAAGGCUACUAUGACAUCUUUUGGCUUGAUGUUGAUAUUAAUAAAAUUGAGACAGAAUUGAACGACUUUCAAACCAGAUGUCGAAGGCUGCCUAAAGGUCUAAAAGACUGGCCUGCAUUUGAAGCCCUUCAGAAGAAGAUUGAUGACUUCAAUGAGAUAGCUCCAUUGUUGGGGCUAAUGACUAACAAAGCUCUCGAAGUCCGCCACUGGGCGGAGCUGGAAAGGCUGACAGGUGCAUCAUUUAAUGUUAAGAAUGACAGCUUCAAGCUACGCAAUAUUUUGCAGGCUCCUCUUCUUCAGAAUAAGGAAGAAAUCGAGGAUAUCUGCAUUAGUGCAGUGAAAGAAAAGGAAAUAGAAAGCAAGUUGAAGCAGGUAAGAGAAGACUGGAAAAAUCAGGAUUUCCAGUUCGGUACCUUCAAGAACCGUGGGGAACUGCUGCUGAAAGGAGAGAAGAUUCAGGAAAUUGUGGGCCUCAUGGAGGAUUCCCUUAUGGUUCUUGGCUCACUGAUGACUAACAGGUACAGUAAGCCGUUCAAGAAAGAGAUUCAGACUUGGCUGACCAAACUGUCUAAUACUAAUGAGGUGAUUGAGAACUGGAUGGGUGUGCAAAAUCUCUGGGUUUAUCUGGAAGCUGUCUUUGUGGGUGGUGAUAUUGCCAAGCAGCUUCCACAGGAAGCUAAGCGCUUUAUCAACAUUGACAAAUCUUGGAUAAGGAUCAUGCAGCGUGCACAUGAAACACCUAGUGUGAUCACUUGCUGUACUGAAGAUGACACUCUCAUGAAUCUCCUUCCUCACCUUAUGGAGCAGCUGGAUUUGUGUCAGAAAUCACUUACAGGUUAUCUAGAGAAGAAGAGGCUUGCCUUCCCACGCUUCUUCUUUGUGUCAGACCCAGCAUUGUUGGAGAUCCUUGGACAGGCCAAUGACUGUCAUGCUAUUCAAGCUCACUUGCUUAGUGUUUUCGACAACACCAAAAAUGUGCAGUUUCAUGACUCGCACUAUGAAGUAAUUGUGGCCAUAAUAUCAUCAGAGGGAGAGAAAAUUACACUUCAGAAGCCAGUGAAGGCAGAAGGAAAUGUGGAGAAAUGGCUGAAUGAGCUUAUGCACAGUGCCCAACAAUCUCUCCACUGCAUCAUUCGUUUAGCAUAUUUAUCUGUGUGUGACGAGGACUUCAAGCUGCUGGAAUUCCUGGCAUCUUUCCCAGCACAGGUAGGACUUCUUGGAAUUCAGAUUAUAUGGACUAAGGAUGCAACAAAGGCCCUGGAGGAAGCCAAAAUAGAUCGCAAAAUCAUGCUAUUCACUAAUCAGAUGUUCCUUAACCUUCUAAAUACUCUAAUUGAGCAGACAACUAAGGAUCUAAGCAGAGUGGAAAGAACCAAGUUUGAGACGCUUAUCACAAUUCAUGUCCACCAGCGAGAUAUUUUUGAUGAGCUGGUUAAGAAGAAUGUCAAGUCACCCACAGAUUUUGAAUGGCAGAAGCAGUCACGAUUCUACUUCUUGGAAGAAGAGGACUUGUGCAUUAUUUGCAUCACAAACACAGAAACAAUCUAUCAAAAUGAGUUUCUUGGAUGCACUGACAGACUUGUUAUCACACCACUCACAGACAGAUGUUACAUCACAUUGGCACAAGCACUAGCCAUGUCAAUGGGUGGUGCACCAGCUGGUCCAGCAGGAACUGGAAAAACAGAAACUACCAAGGACAUGGGCCGCUGUUUGGGCAAAUAUGUUGUUGUCUUCAACUGCUCUGAUCAGAUGGAUUUCAGAGGACUUGGGCGCAUCUUUAAAGGUUUGGCCCAGUCUGGGUCUUGGGGCUGUUUUGAUGAGUUUAACCGAAUUGACCUGCCAGUACUCUCAGUGGCCGCUCAGCAGAUUGCCAUUGUACUGGGUUGCAAAAAAGAACGCAAAAAACAGUUCAUCUUUACUGAUGGUGAUGUUGUUGACAUGAAUCCUGAAUUUGGUAUUUUUCUUACAAUGAAUCCAGGGUAUGCUGGUCGACAAGAACUCCCUGAGAACCUGAAGAUCAACUUCCGCACAGUGGCCAUGAUGGUGCCUGACCGCCAGAUCAUUAUGCGAGUCAAACUGGCUUCUGUAGGCUUCAUUGAUAACAUUCUUUUGGCACAAAAGUUCUAUACUUUGUACAAAUUGUGUGAAGAACAACUCACCAAACAGGUACACUAUGAUUUUGGCUUACGCAAUAUUCUAUCAGUAUUGAGAACUCUGGGCUCUGUCAAGCGCCAAAGCCCCAGUGAGACUGAGCUGAAAAUAGUGAUGCAAGUGCUGCGCAAUAUGAAUCUCUCCAAGCUUGUUGACCAAGAUGAACCUUUGUUUUUGUCCCUCAUUGAUGACCUGUUUCCUGGCAUGAUACUGGACAAAGCUGGCUAUCCAGCUUUGGAGGCUUCAUUACAAAAAAAUGUUGAGAAAGAAAACCUUGUGUAUCAUCCACCGUGGAUUCUGAAGAUUAUACAACUGUUUGAGACCCAGAGAGUUCGCCAUGGAUUGAUGACUCUUGGCCCGUCGGGAGCUGGUAAGACAUGCUGUAUUCGAAUGCUGAUGAAGGCCUUGACCGACACCCAAGAACCUCACAGGGAAUGGCGUAUGAACCCAAAGGCCAUCACUGCCCCUCAGAUGUUUGGUCGUCUAGAUGUUGCCACCAAUGACUGGACUGAUGGCAUCUUCUCUACUCUCUGGCGCCGUACAACCAGGCUUAAGAAAGGUGAAAAUGUAUGGAUAGUCCUGGAUGGUCCAGUUGAUGCUGUCUGGAUUGAGAACCUCAAUUCUGUUCUUGAUGACAACAAGACCUUAACACUUGCCAAUGGGGAUCGCAUUCCAAUGGCUCCAAACAGCAAGAUCCUGUUUGAGCCACACAACAUUGACAAUGCCUCUCCAGCAACAGUGUCCCGAGUGGGCAUGGUCUAUAUGAGUAGUUCUGGGCUGCACUGGAAUCCUAUUUUAGCAGGAUGGCUGAAGCAAAGACCACCAGUUGAAGGAGAGGUCUUCAUGGCCUUAUUCACAAUGUCUUUCCCAGCGAUCUUGCAGUAUGCUGCACAGAAUCUCACAUAUAAAAUGGAUGUGUUGGAGUCUUUUCUUGUGACUCAGGCAACCAAGAUUCUAACAGGCCUCAUCCCUUUUGAUAAUGUCAAAGUCGACUGUGUGCCACUUUCAAAAACCCACUACGAGCACUUGUAUAUCUUUGCUGUCAUGUGGAGUGUUGGAGCCUUUCUGGAACUUAGUGAUCGCUUUAGAUUGGAGGAUUUCAUCAGAGGCAACCCGGACUUUCAUCUUGACCUUCCUGAGAUCCCAGCUAACUCAGAAUCUACUAUUUUUGAUUAUUUUGUGAGCAAAGAUGGAACCUGGAGACACUGGAAUGAUAAGGUGGUGGAGUAUUUGUACCCAAAAGACACCAUGCCCGAAUACUUAUCCAUCCUAGUGCCAAAUGUGGAUAAUGUGAGAACAGAAUUUCUCAUAAACAUAAUUGCCAAGCAGGAGAAAGCUGUGCUGCUGAUUGGGGAACAGGGCACUGCCAAGACAGUCAUGAUCACCAAAUACACAGAGAGCCUGGACCGAGAGUGCCACAUUUCCCAGUCAAUAAACUUUUCAUCUGCAACAACACCUUUGUUAUUCCAAAGGACUAUUGAGAGUUACAUUGAUAAACGUGUUGGAAACACCUAUGGCCCUCCAGCAGGCAAGAACAUGUCUGUGUUCAUUGAUGACAUCAACAUGCCAGUCAUUAAUGUUUGGGGAGACCAAGUGGCCAAUGAGAUUGUGCGCCAACUAAUGGAGAAUAAAGGCUUCUAUAGUCUGGAAAAACCAGGAGAAUUUACCAACAUUAUCGAUGUACAGAUUUUGGCUGCAAUGAUUCAACCGGGUGGAGGUCGUAAUGACAUUCCUCAGCGACUGAAGCGGCAGUUUGUUAUCUACAACUGCACAUUACCAUCCAAUACUUCCAUCGACAAGAUCUUUUCAGUUAUAGGGUGUGGCUAUUUCUGUGAAGAAUGGGGAUUCUCUAAGGAAGUGCAGGACUUAGUGACUCAGCUUGUGCCACUCACUCGCAGACUGUGGCAAGUAACCAAGAUAAAGAUGCUACCAACCCCCGCCAAGUUUCAUUAUGUAUUCAACCUGCGGGAUUUGUCGCGGAUCUGGCAAGGCAUGCUAAAUGUCAGUUCUUCUGUAGUCACCAAUGAGAAAGUCUUGAUUUCUCUCUGGAAGCAUGAAUGUUUCCGUGUGAUUGCAGACAGAUUUAUUGAUUUUGAAGACAUUCAGUGGUUUGAAAAGACAAUGAUCCAAGUAACCAAAGAAGAUUUAGGAGAUGGCUUGGUCGAGUUUUGUGAACCAAAUGACUACUUUGUGGAUUUUCUCAGGGAUGCACGAGAACCAGAAGGGGAAGAGGAGGUAGAUGCGGAGACGCCUAAAAUAUAUGAGAGUAUUGGCUCAUUUCAAAUUCUUGAGAAUCGACUUUUAUUCUACCAACAACAGUAUAAUCAAAUUAUUCGAGGCAGUGCCUUGGAUUUGGUGUUCUUCACGGAUGCUAUGAUUCAUCUGGUGAAAAUCUCACGCAUAAUACGUACACCAAAAGGUCAUGCUCUGCUUGUUGGUGUGGGGGGCUCUGGCAAACAGUCUUUAAGUCGCCUUGCUUCAUUUAUAGCUGGAUAUAAAUCAUUCCAGAUUACUCUUACCAGAUCCUACAACAUAAACAAUCUACUGGAUGACUUAAAAUACCUUUAUCGAACUGCUGGUGAAGGCAAAGGCAUCACAUUCAUUUUCACAGACAAUGAAGUCAAAGAUGAAAGCUUCUUGGAGUAUCUAAACAACAUGCUAUCUUCUGGUGUUGUUCCAAACCUGUUUGCCCGAGAUGAAAGGGAUGAGAUCCUUGGUAAUUUGGCGUUUCUGAUGAAGAAAACAUUUCCAAAACAGCCACCAACACAAGAGAACCUUCAAGAAUUCUUCUUCUUUUUAACACGCCAGAAUCUCCAUGUAGUUCUGUGCUUUUCACCAGUGGGUGAGAAAUUCCGACAGAGAUCCCUUAAGUUUCCUGGCCUUAUCUCUGGCUGCACCAUUGACUGGUUUCAGCGUUGGCCUAAAGAUGCUCUGAUCGCAGUGGCUGACUACUUCCUGUCUGAAUUCAAAAUUGUGGCCUCAGACAAGAUAAGACAAGAAAUUAUCUAUACCAUGGGGUCUACCCAUGAUGGUGUUGCUCAAGGUUGUGCAGAGUAUUUUCAAAGGUAUCGACGCACAACACAUGUCACUCCAAAGUCUUACUUGUCCUUCUUGGAGGGUUACAAGACUGUCUACAGUGCCAAGAAAAAAACGAUUGGUGCUUUGGCUAGUAACAUGAAAACAGGCUUACAAAAACUGGAGGAGGCAUCUCAGUCAAUUAGGUUGUUGAGCUUGGAACUGGUGGAGAAGGAGAAAGAGCUGGAGGUAGCUUCCUUCAAAGCAGAGGAGGUUUUAAAAGUGGUUGCCUCAAAGGCAGAGGCUGCUCAAAAGGUGAAGAGACAAGUGCUGAAGGUAAAAGACAAGGCCCAAGCCAUAGUAGAGGGCAUUAAUGCGGACAAAGUUGUGGCUGAGGCAAAGCUGGAGGCAGCUCGCCCAGCCCUGGAAGAGGCUGAGGCAGCACUGAACACCAUCAAGCCUGCAGACAUUGCCACUGUCAGGAAGCUGGGAAAGCCCCCACAUCUCAUCAUGCGUAUCAUGGACUGUGUGCUUAUUCUCUUUCGCCAAAGGAUGGAUCCAGUUAAGGUGGAUCCACAUAAACCACAGUUUCUCAAACCUUCCUGGUCUUCCUCCUUGAAGGGUGGCUUCUUGGCUACUCUGAUGGACUUUGCCAAGGACACCAUUAACGAUGAAGUGGUGGAGCUGCUUGAGCCAUACUUUUCUUCAGAUGACUAUGUCCUUGAGCAAGCCAAAAAGGUCUGUGGUAAUGUUGCUGGUUUGUUGUCCUGGACAAAGGCUAUGGCUGGCUUUUUUAUCAUCAACAAGGAGGUGCUGCCUCUGAAGGCAAACUUAGCGAUUCAGGAAGCACGGCUAACGGUUGCUAUGACAAGUCUGGGUAAGGCUCAGCAUAUCCUUAAUGCGAAGGAGAACGAACUUGCUUUGGUCCAGGCUGACUUUGAAAAGGCCAUAAGUGAAAAGCAGGUGUUGAUAUCAAAUGCUGAGAAUUGCCGCAACAAAAUGAGUACUGCAACAACUCUUAUCAAUGGUUUGUCUGGUGAGAAAAUCCGAUGGACGACACAAAGCAAGGAGUUUAAAGAACAGAUUAGAAGGCUUGUUGGUGAUGUGCUUAUGUGCACUGGUUUCCUUUCUUAUCUGGGUCCUUUCAAUCAAGACUUUCGUCUACAACUGCAGAAAAACUGGAUGAAGGAAAUGAGGCAUCGUGACAUUCCUUUUACAGAAUCACUUGUCAUUGCGGAGAUGCUUAUUGAACCAACCACCGUUGCUGAAUGGACUUUGGAGGGACUCCCUAGUGAUGAACUGUCCACACAGAAUGCCAUCAUUGUGACACAGGCUUCACGCUAUCCACUGCUUAUUGAUCCCCAGGGUCAGGGGAAGGUGUGGAUUAAGAAUCAUGAGGAGAAAAACAAGAUGAAGGUCACAAGCUUAAAUCAUAAAUAUUUCCGUAACCAUUUGGAAGAUGCCCUUUCUUCGGGCCUCCCGCUCCUGAUUGAAGACAUAGGAGAGGAGUUGGACCCAGCCCUAGACAAUGUUUUGGAGAAGAACUUCAUUAAAAUGGGGUCAUCUUACAAAGUGCAAGUUGGCGACAAAGAGGUGCAUUUGAUGAAGAGUUUUACUUUGUACAUCACCACUAAGUUGCCAAACCCCAUUUACACUCCUGAAAUUUCUGCUAGAACGUCUGUCAUUGAUUUCACUGUCACUGUCAAAGGCUUGGAAGACCAGCUCCUGGGAAGAGUCAUUCUGAAGGAAAAAGCAGAACUGGAGAGAGAGCGAGUAGAGCUGGUUGAGGAAGUGAUGGCCAACAAGAAGAAAAUGAAAGAGUUAGAGGACAACCUCUUAUUCCGACUUACAUCAACAAAGGGCAGCUUAGUGGACGAUGAGGAUCUCAUUAAUGUUUUGGCUAUUACCAAAACAACUGCCCAGCAUGUCCACCAGAAACUUGAAUAUGCAGCAGAGACCGCAGAAAAGAUCAGCUCCACCCGAGAAGAGUACCGCCCUGUGGCCACCAGGGGCAGUAUCCUAUACUUCCUGAUCGUGGAGAUGAGUUUUGUCAACUGCAUGUAUCAGACCUCUUUGUACCAAUUCCUGGAAAUUUUUGACCAGUCCUUGAAAAAUUCUCAGAAAUCACCCGCUACACAAAAGCGCAUUUCAAACAUCAUUGACUAUAUGAUGUUCAAGGUGUUCAAUUAUGCUGUUCAGGGGCUGUAUGAGGCAGACAAGCUGACCUUCACCCUGCUUUUAGCUCUGAAAAUUGACUUGCAGUCUAAGAAAGUAAAGAAGGAGGAAUUUGAUGUUCUUAUCAAAGGUGGGGCAGCCCUGGACCUUAAAAGUGCGCCCCCCAAAACUUCUAAAUGGAUCACUGAUCUAACCUGGCUGAAUCUUGUAGGGCUGAGUGGUCUGCACGAGUUCUCUGGCAUUAUUUCCCAGAUUUCAGGCAAUGAAAAGCAGUGGAAGCAAUGGUUUGACAAGGAUGCUCCAGAACAGGAGGUGAUACCUGAUGGCUAUGAUGUGUCUCUGGACAUAUUCCGACGGCUCCUUUUAAUUCGCUGUUGGUGCCCAGACCGCACAUUACCACAAGCCAAGAACUACAUUGCUGAUGCUCUAGGCCCCACUUUUGCAGAAGGAAUCGUACUCAACAUGGAAAAUGUGUGGCAAGAAAGUAUACCACAAACACCAUUGGUGGGUCUUUUGUCAAUGGGAUCAGACCCCACAAACAGCAUAGAGGCUCUUGCCAAAAAGCACUCUUUAGAAUGCCGAGCUAUCUCCAUGGGUCAGGGUCAGGAAGUGCAUGCCCGAAAAAUGAUGCAGCUUUACAUGGUCAGUGGGGGCUGGUUGCUGCUGCAGAACUGUCACCUGUCCCUUGACUAUGUGUCAGAGGCCAUGGAAACAAUUCUAGAUGCACAUCACAUUCACGAUUCUUUCCGACUGUGGGUCACUACAGAAGGCACUCCAAAGUUUCCAAUCAGCUUUCUUCAGAGUUCUAUCAAGUUUACCUGUGAGCCACCCCAGGGUGUGAAGGCGGGGCUUCUGAGAACUUAUGGUGGCAUCACCCAGGAAAUGCUGGACUACACCAACCUGCCUCAGUGGCUUCCAAUGCUGUAUGGUAUUGGCUUCCUGCACACUGUGGUACAAGAACGGCGAAAGUUUGGUCCUCUCGGCUGGAAUAUCCCCUAUGAGUUUAAUACAUCUGACUACAAUGCCAGUGUGCAGUUUGUGCAAACCCACCUCGAUGACAUGGACAUUAAAAAGGGGGUCAAUUGGAUCUGUGUGCGCUACAUGUUAGGGGAGAUCCAGUAUGGAGGUCGUGUGACUGAUGACUUCGACAAGCGUCUGCUGAAUACUUACUGCCGAGUGUGGUUUGGAGAGGACCUGUUUAAACCAACUUUUAAUUUCUACAAGGGCUAUAUCAUUCCACCGGCCAGGAUUUGUCAAGACUAUCUGCUUUAUAUCAAUUCACUGCCUGCUUCGGACAAACCCGAGAUCUUUGGUCUACAUUCCAAUGCUGAUAUUACGUACCAGACCAAGACUUCUGAGGCUGUUCUUACUUCCAUCCUGAACAUUCAGCCCAAGGACUCAGGGGGCAUGGGGGGUGAGACACGUGAGUCAGUGGUGUAUAACAUGUGCACAGACAUGGAGGGGAAGCUGCCACCACCCUAUGUCUCCCAUGAAGUUGUGGCGUGCCUGAAGAGGAUGGGCAUCCUGCAGCCUAUGAACAUCUUCCUGCGGCAAGAGAUAGAUCGCAUGAACAAGGUGAUCAAAACUGUAAGUGCCACUCUCAAGGACCUGAAGCUGGCAAUUGAUGGUACUAUCAUCAUGAGUGAAAACCUGACGGAUGCCCUGGACAGUAUCUAUGAUGCUCGCAUCCCUAGCAUCUGGCUCAGGAUGUCCUGGGAAUCAAGUACCUUGGGCUUCUGGUUCACAGAACUGAUUGACCGCAAUUUACAGUUUUGCACCUGGUGUUUCAAAGGCCGCCCCAAGAUUUUCUGGAUGACGGGGUUCUUCAAUCCACAGGGCUUCCUUACAGCAAUGAGACAGGAGGUGACUCGCGCUCACAAAGGCUGGGCGCUAGACAACGUAAUUCUGCAGAACCAAGUCACCAAGAUGAUGAAAGACGAAGUCCGCACUGAACCGGUGGAGGGCGUGUACGUUUAUGGCCUGUACUUGGAAGGGGCCGGCUGGGACCGCCGCUACUCCAAGCUGGUAGAGUCCCGCAACAAAAUUCUCUCUGAGAUCAUGCCCGUCAUCCACAUCUUUGCCAAUAACACGGCCUCUAGCGAGUCCAGUCAUUACGUGUGCCCCAUCUACAAGAAGCCGCGCCGUACUGAUCUGACCUUCGUGGCCACCGUCACCCUCAGGUCCUCACAGCACUCAGACCGCUGGAUCCUUCGUGGCGUCGCUUUGCUGUGCGACAUCAAGUGAUUCAAGAGUCUUCACGCUUCAGGACAAGUCUUGUUUUCGUUUACCUGACAAAAGUUGUUUUUUGUUCGUUUUACGAAAUUCUUGACGCAUUAAUUAUCGUACUUUCAUACUGUCCUCCUAACUUUAGCUGUAUGCGGAAACAUGACUAGGUAUAUAUUUAAAUUCAAUGUGUAUAAUAUUGAAGAUUUACACGUCUACAUAACAAAGUGAUAGGAUAGUUCAGAACAAUCACAGACCAUAUUUAUAUUAGCUCUAGCAUGAAAACUGGCUAAGUAUUAACUUACAUUAUCUGACAAACUCACAUUCUCUAGAUUGAUAAUAUUCGUAGCGUCCCCAUAAUUCUGAAAGCAUUUUACUUGUAUUUACGAUUUUCUGCGUUAAUAAAGAAAUGUUAAUAA